GUCUGUCCGAAUUAUGACAAACUGGUUGCCGGACUGUUGGCUGAUGGUCCAGAUGGUUUACAUCAUCACUGUUUCAUCACACCCGGGAUCCCGCUGAAGCCUAUGUUGGCACAUCCGACCCGGGGUGUAACCGAUGUGUUCAAACGGUUCGAUGAGUGCGAUUUCACUUGUGAAUACAAAUACGAUGGUGAACGUGCCCAGGUGCGAUUUUUGUUAUCUGAUCGUCGCUCAUAUCCGGCAGGAAUUGUUUAUGCUGUUUUUCCGCUUUGCCUGUUAUUCAAACAAACUUCCACAGAACGUAUUAGUAACUGA